AUGUCGAGCGUGGACAUGGACUUUAGUGGCCCUGAACAAGAAAACGAGAGUCAGGACAGUUUACAUUUAGAGUUAGAAGAAACGGAGAUCGACUCCCUAGAAUGUAGUGAUAUUGAUAGCACGACAAUUACCCCACUGAAAAAGAAAAAGAGCCGGGGCGCAGUCAGACGUGUACGUGUCCUAAGGCCACUGUCUCCAAGUGAUGCUGGGUCGGAAUCUGACUCAAUUCUGAAUACCAAAGAAAAGCUUGUACAGAGUUCAAGGAAUAAAGAAUAUGAGCCUGAACAGACUCCAUCAACUUUUGGCAAGAAAUUAAGAAUGGCUACUCUGAGGAGAUCUGCAAGAAAAAGACCAAGUGAUACAAGAGCAAUCCUGCAAGAGUCAGACAAGGAAACUGAUGCUGACACUCCAUCCUCCCUGUGGGCAGUAUAUUAUGCUCAUUGGAUCUCGCGGUCCUGGAACGACACAAAAUCGUCGACUAUUCAGUCUAGUUUUGCCGCAGCGGGAAUCCCCCUCCAGGGCCCCGAUGACUCGGACAGUGACGACAUUCCUUUAGCACAGCUGAACAAAGGGCACGUGGCCCCUGGUUUUGCAGAAAAUUCAAUGAAAGAUUUCGAAAAUACUAAGAAUGACAUUACCAUUCAGGAAAUUUAUGACGAAGAAUGGGAGAAACAGAUUAUGAGACGAACGUAA